AUGGCUUCCAAAAUCGAGGAUACCUAUGACUACAUCGUGUGCGGAGGUGGAACUUCGGGCUGUGUCGUUGCUGGCCGUCUAGCUGAAAAUCCUGAGGUCAAAAUCCUGUUGAUCGAAGCUGGACAGCACAACAAGGACUUGGAGAAUGUUCAUAUGACUGGCGGGUGGUCAAACAACUUCGAUGCCGAAACCGACUGGAACCUUGUUACACCUCCCAUGGCGGGGGUGGAUAACCGCCAAGUGAAGUUGAGUCGAGGACGAUUCCUCGGAGGAUCUAGUGGAUGCAAUGGCACGCUGUGCAUCCGCGGCAACAAGCAAGAUUACGACGAUUGGGGAUUGGAGGGAUGGAGCGGCGAAGAAUUCUUCAAGGCCAUGAGAAAGUCGGAGACCUUCCACUCAAAGCCCUGGUUCAAAGCCGACAAAGAGAGCCAUGGAUACUCUGGACCCCUUCAUACGGAACCGCAUGACCUCGCACCCAUCUCCCAGCUUCUACUCGACUCUUACGUCUCCCAGGGCAUGCCCCUUCACGACGACAUGUUCAGCUCUGGGGAUGUCGCGCAAGGAUGCGGCCAUGUACCUCGCACCGUAUAUCAAGGUCUCCGCACAACAGGUGCUGACUUCGUCACAAACAAGAACCACCGCGGGAAUAUUACCAUCAAGACUGAUACCACAGUAGACAAAAUCAUCUUCAGCAAGCAGGCGAAUGCAACGCGAGCUUCGGGCGUGGCAACACUGACCUCGGAUGGAACAUCCCGGAUUUACCAUGCACGAAAGGAGAUUAUCAUCUCCGGAGGCGCAUACUGCAGCCCUUCAAUUUUGCUUCGAUCUGGCAUCGGACCCAAAGCCGAACUUGCCCAGCACAAUAUUCCCUGCACGGUUAACCUUCCAGGUGUAGGAAAGAACCUAAUGGACCACCUAAUCGUCUUCAUGUUCUACGAAACGGAAAAGGAAGGCCUAACAAACGACCACCACGUCUACCACGACUCAAACUUCGACAAAACUUACGAAGAAUGGAAAACCCAAAAAUCAGGCUUCCUUUCCACCUUCCCCUUCGGCAGCUUCGCCUUCGCCAGACUAGACGAGCGCCUAAAAGACGAACCGCUCUGGAAAAACGCAUCCCGCCAACCAGGUCGCGACCCGAUGGGCCUAACACCCUCCCAACCGAACAUCGAAUUCUUCUCGACGGAAUGCUACGGCGGGCCGAAACAGUAUGACCAGUUCCCGAUUAACUAUCAGCACGCAUUUUCCAUGAUAGCAGAGCUAUUCGCACCUAAGUCGCGAGGAUCUGUGACGUUGAAAUCGGCGGAUGCGCUGGAGAAUCCGAUUGUUGAUUGUAAUUAUUUGGCUGAUCCGCUUGAUUUGUUAAUUUUGAGUGAGGCUUGUCGGUUUGGCAAUGAGGUUGUUAUGAAGGGGGCUGGGACCAAGGAUAUUGUUAAGGGGUCAUGGCCGCCGAAUUUGAAUCAUCAUUCUUAUACGACGAGGGAGGAGUGGGUUCCUUAUGUUAAGGAACAUGCUACUACUUGUUAUCAUGCUGCUGGUACUUGUGCCAUGGGGAGGAAGGAUAACCCUAUGGCUGUGCUUGAUGAGAAACUUCAGGUUAGGGGUGUUUCUGGACUGAGGGUUGCUGAUUGUAGUGUUAUGCCUACUUUGCAUGGAGGUCAUACCCAGAUGCCGGCUUAUGGUAUUGGGGAGAAGUGUGCGGACUUGAUCAAGGAGACGUGGCGCAUGGCGGGCAAUACCUACCCUCGUAUUUGA